AUGUCGGCUCUGAGGCGGCUGGCGCCUUUCGUUCGCGUCGGAGGCCAGCUCUUCCGAGGCUGCGGCAAGCGGACUGCUGGGGGCGUGGGCGUCCGUCAUGCCGGCGGCGGCGUGCACAUCAAGCCGUCCUACCGCCAGUUCCCCCAGCUGACCCGGUCGCAGGUGGUCCUGGCCGAGUUCUUCAGCGGGACCAUGUGGUUCUGGAUCCUCUGGCGCUUCUGGCACGACUCGGACGCGGUGCUGGGGCACUUUCCUUAUCCCGAUCCUUCCCAAUGGACAGAUGAAGAGCUGGGCAUCCCCCCUGAUGAUGAAGACUGA